GGUUGUUUUUCGCCUCCCCCCACCCCGUGGGACAGAGAACAGAGCGGGAAUGAUGAUGGUAAGAUAAAUCAGCUUAAAUUGAUGGAUACCUUGCAGACUAUUCAAGGAGGGAAGAUUAAUACUCAGAAGCUAAGUAAUGUUCUGGAGAAAAUGGGAGUGAAGAUCACAAAUAAGGAAUUUCAGAAUCUGCAAGAAAAUUUGCCAGCUGAUACAAAUGGAAAGGUAGCUCUAAAUACACUUCUGGAUGAAAUAAAGAUUCAAAAAGCUGAGGAAAAAAUAAGUCAGAGGAGACAAAGAAAUACAGUGGCCACUCUUAAAGGCAUGCAAGCUGAUGUUCAUGGCCUUGAUACUAUUCUUGAAAACAUGGCAAUCAAAGUUAUAGCUGAGAAACUUGACCGAGACCCAGCUGAGGUUACCAACCCCCUAAAUCAGGGAAAACUGGAAAAUCAAUUAGUUAGUGGAGGAGACUUUGAUGUCAAAGAUAAGAAGAAAGUUCCAGAAAACUUGGGAACAGAACUCAUCACCGACAAGAAACACUGGGAGUUGGUGAAUAAUCUGCCAAUUGGUGAAUGGAAAAUUAAUGUGAGUGAUUUGGACAGUGUUCUGGAGGAAAUGACGAUUAGGCUCACAGAAAAGGAACAGGAAAAACUGACAGAAAACCUGCUACUUAAUGGAGGAAUUAUUGAUGUCAAUAAAGCAGCUACUUACGAGCAGAACAUGGGGCUGAAUGCUACAGAAAAGGAAAUUAAUGAUCUGAUAUACAAUCUACCAGCUGAGGGAGGAACUGUUGAUGUCACAAAACUGGACACCAUUUUGCAAAACAUGGGAAUGAAACUCACAGAAAUGGAAAGUAAAGAUUUGAUAAAGAACCUGUCUGUUGAUGAUAAUGGGAAGAUUAAAAUGCAAACAUUAAUGGAUGCAGUAAAACCUUUUACUGGGAAAAAGAUUGAUGCCAAUGAUCUGCAAAACGUCUUGGAAAACAUGGGGAUCAAGCUCACUGAGAGAGAAUUUGAGGAGCUGCUACAAGCAGUGCCCAUGGAUGCUGAUGGAAAGAUGUAUCAGAGGAAAUUGCUGGAUCAUUUGAAGUCUAUGAAAGUGGGAGAGGUUAAAGUCAAUAAUCUAGACAAUGUCCUGGAGAACCUGGGGAUUGAGCUCACAGAAAAGGAGCAUGCAGGUCUGACAGAAAAUCUGCCAUUAAGUGCUAAUGGGAAGAUUAGUCUCAAAAACUUGAUCGAAGCCAUGGAAACUGUUACAGGAGAAAAAGUUGAUGUCAAUCAUGUGAGAAAUGUUCUGGGGGAAAUGGGAGUAACUCUCACAGAUAAGGAACAUGCAACACUGGUAAAAAAUCUGCCAGUUGAUGCUAAUGGAAAGGUCUACAAGAAUAGAUUGCUGGAUGGUUUGAAGUCACUUCAUGGAGGAGCUAUUAAUGUCAGUAAAGUUGGUCCAUUUUUGGAAACCAUGGGAUGGCACCUCACAGAAGAAGAAAUUAAGGAUCUCAAACACGACUGUCCCACUGAUUUAAAUAGGAACAUUGCAAUGAAGAAGUUGUUUGAUGAAUUAAAAGCUUUUACAGGAACAAAGAUUGAUGUGCAAUAUGUACCAGAUUUUGUGAGCAACAUGGGUAUUGAGCUAACAGACAAUGAACAAAAGAAGCUACUAAAAAUACUGCCACUUGACGCUUCUGAGAAGAUCUAUAAAAAUAGGUUGUUGGCUGAUAUAAAGUCAUUCGAAGGAGGAAAAGUUAAAAAAAGUAAAAUCAAUACUGUUCUAGAGAACAUGGAAAUCAAACUCACAGAAAAGGAGGUUCAGAGUCUCACAGAUAACCUACCAGUUAAUGCUGAUGAGAAGGUUGCUCUUGAUAAAUUGAUGGAUGAAGUGAAAGCUCUUACAGGAGAGGAAAUUAAUGUCAGUGAUGUGGAAAAUGUUCUGGGCAACAUGGGGCUAGAGCUCACAGAAACGGAAUGGUUGGAGUUGCAGAAACAUCUACCAAUAGAUGCAGAUGGAAAGAUCUAUCAAAACAGGUUAAUAGACAGUAUAAAGUCUCUUAAAGGAGGGACAAUUAGUGUCACUAAGCUGGGCACAUUUCUGGAAAGCAUGGGUGUGAAGCUCACUGAAACGGAACUUAAAGAUCUGAUGCAGAAUCUGCCCGUGAAUUCUGAUGGGAAAGUCACUCUGAAAAAUGUGAUGGAUAGAGUGGAAAAAUCAAGGUCAGGAGAAAAGAUUGAUGUCAAUGACCUUCAAAAUAUCCUUAGGAAUAUGGGGAUUGAGCUGACAGAUCUUGAAUGCUCAGAACUGAAGAAAACCCUACCCAUUGAUGAUGCUGGCCAGGUGUUUCAGAAUAGAGUGUUGGAUGAUAUAAAAUCUUUCAAAGGAGGGAUGGUUAAUGUCCAUGAUCUGAACAAAGUUCUUAGAAACUUGGGGCUGAAGCUCACAGAAAAAGAACUCAAAAGUCUGACAGAAAACCUUCCAGUCAAUGCUGAUGGAAAGAUUGGUCUCAAUAAAUUAAUGGAUGGAGUUAAUUCUGUUGUAGGAGAGGACAUGAGUAUACGUGACAUAGAAGAUGUUAUCAAAAACAUGGGAAUAAAACUUACAGAUAAGGAAUACUUGGAGCUUUUGGAAAAGUUACCAGUUGAUGAAGGGAAAAUUGAUGUCAGUAAACUGGAUACCAUUCUGGGAAACAUGGGGGUGAACAUCACAGAAAAUGAACUUAAAAAUCUGACACAGCAUCUACCAGUUAAUGGAGGAACAGGUGACAUUAAUGAUGUGGAAACUCUUUUGAAAAACAUGGGAGUAGAGCUUAAAGAUGAAUUCUUAGAAGUGGUGAAAAAUAUGCCUUUUGAUGGUUGGAAGGUCAAUGCCAACAACUUGAAGACUAUACUUGAUAAAAUGGGAAUCAAGCUCACUGAUGAGGAGCUUAAGGAUCUGACUGAAAAUCUCCCUGUGGAUGGUGGGAAAGUCAAUGUCAACAACUUGAAGACUACGCUGGAUACCAUGGGAAUCAAGGUCUCAGAUGAGAAACUUAGGGACCUGGCUGAAAAUCUCCCUGUGGAUGAAGAGAAGGUAGAUUCAAGUGACCCGAAAAAAGUGCUGGGAAGCCUGGGAAUUGAGCUCACAGAUAAAGAUGAAAAGUUGCUGAAAACACUCUCCGUUGAUGGAGACAAGGUGGAUUUUAGUGACGUGAAAAAAGUGCUGGAAAACCUGGGGAUUGAGCUCACAAAUAAAGACAAGGACAAGCUGCUGAGAACACUCCCCGUUGAUGCUGCUGGAAAGGUGUAUCUCAGUAGGUUGCUGGAGGGUUUGAAGUCACUCAACAAGGGGAAGGAUCAUGUUAAUGAACUGAAAAAUACUCUAGAAGAAUUGGGAACUAAGCUCAGAGAAGAGGAACUUGCAAAGCUGACAGAAAACCUUCAAGUUGAUGCUAAUGGGAAGGUUGAUCUGAAAGAGCUAAUGGAUGGAGUAAAAGCUACUACAGAAGGAGAGAUUGAUGUCAGAGAUGUGAAAACUAUUUUAAACAACAUGGGAAUUGAACUCACAGAUAAGGAACUCUCGCAACUGAUGAAAAGUCUUCCUUUCAAUGGAAAAGUUGACAUCAAAGACCUGGCAGCUGUUCUAAGCAACAUGGGCAUCAAGCUCACUGAUGAGGAACUCGAAGACCUGAAACAAAACCUGCCCGUCAGUGUGGAUGAUAAAGUGACUCUGAAAACUUUGAAGGAUGAAGUGAGAGCUCUUAUAGGUGAAAAGAUUGAUUCCAGUAACCUGCAAAAUAUUCUCAAAAAUAUGGGCAUUGAGCUUACAGAUAAGGAGCACAAGCAACUUUGGAAGUCAUUGCCCAUUGAUGGUGAUGGGAAGGUGUCUCUAAAACAGUUGCUGAAGGAAGUGAAGGCUAAAAAAAGAGGGAAGGUUAACGUAAAGGACCUGGGCCCUGUUUUAGAAGGCAUGGAGAUCAAGCUUACAGAACAGGAACUUGAUCUGCUAAAGGACCAUUUGAGUGCCUAUGAAAAAGUUGAUCUGAAAAACCUGAUGAAUAAAAUAGAAACUGUUACAGGAGGGAAGAUUGAUUCCAGGAAAUUGGAUACAGCUUUGGCAAGCAUGGGCAUAAACCUCACUAAAAAGGAACUUAAAGAUCUAACACAAAAUCUACCAGUUGAUGCUAAUGGUAAAAUUAAUCUGGAAAAGGUGAUGAAUGAAGUGAAACCUUUUUCUGGGCACAAAGUUGAUACCAAUAAACUAGAAAGUAUUUUGGAAAACUUGGGGAUAGAGUUCACUCCUAAUGAACACUCGAACUUGCUGAAGACACUGCCAAUUGAUGCUGAUGGAAAAGUACAUCUGAAAAAGUUGAUGAAAGCUAUAAAGUCUCUCAAACUGGGCAAAGUUGAUGUCAAUAGGCUAGACACUUUUUUAGAACACAUGGGAAUCAGCAUCACAGAAAAGGAAUUCAUGGACCUGAUAGAAAGACUACCAGUUGAUGAUGAUGGGAAGGUCAAACUAAAUACACUGAUAGAAGAAUUAAAUGCUAUUUUAGGAAAUCAGGUAGAUGUCAGUGACCUAGACAAUACUCUGAAAGACAUGAAAGUAGAGGUCACAGAUGAGGAUUACUUAAAUUUUGUGAAAUCUCUACCAGUUGAUGCUGAAGGAAAGGUGUUUCAAAAAAGGUUACUGGAUGGUGUAAAAACUCUCGAAAGAGGAAAAAUUGAUCUGAAUAACCUGGAUUCAUUUCUGAAAAGCAUGGGGAUUAAACUCUCACAUAAAGAACGUGAAGAUUUUUUACAAAGCCUACCAGUUGAUGGUGAUGGGAAGGUUCCUCUGAAAAAUGUAACUCUAAAAAUGGAAGAUUUUAUAGGAGAAAAGGUUGAUGUCAGUGAUCUGAAAAAUGUUCUCGGAGAUAUGGGGAUAGAACUCAAUGACAAAGAAUGUCAGGAACUUCAAAAAUUAUUACCAACUGAUGAUGACAAGAAAGUUUUUCAAAAUAGAUUGCUAACAGCUUUGAAGUCUUUAAAAGGAGGAAAGGUUGAUGUCGAUAACCUGAACAAAAUUCUAGGGAACAUGGGGAUCAAGCUCAAAAACAAGGAACUUAGAAAUGUGAUACAAAAUCAACCUAUUUAUGCUAAUGGAAAGAUUUCUCUGAAAAAAGUUAUGAAUGAUGUGAAAGCAGUUACAGGAGAAAAACUUAAUGUCAAAGAUCUGAAAAACUUUCUGGAAAGCACUGGGAUAGAAUUCACACCAAAAGAAUACUUGGAACUGGUGAAAAAUCUGCAAGUUGAUGAUGAUGGAAAUGUAUAUACAAACAGAUUGCUGGAUGAUUUGAAGUCUUUUAAUGGUGGGAAGGUUGAUGUCAGUAACCUGGAAAAUAUUUUGGAAAACAUGAAAAUCAGUUUCCCAGACAAGAAACUAGAAGAUUUGUCACGAAACCUUCCAGUUGAUUCUUCCGGGAAGGUUAAGCUGCAAGAGCUGCUAAAAGAAGUAAAAAAAUUCACAGAAGAAAAAAUUGAAGCCAAAGACAUGUACAAAACACUGGACAAUAUGGGGAUAGAGCUCACAAAUAGGGAACUCUUUGAUCUGUUGCAAAUGCUGCCAUUUACUGUUGAUAAAAAAAUAGAGAAAAGUGUGUUGUUGGAUUGUCUGAAAGCUUUUCCUGGUGGGAUGUGUCAUGUCUCUAAAAUUAAAUCCAUCCUGGAAGACAUGGGUUAUGAGCUAGAAGAUAAGGAAAUUGAGGACCUACAGAACCACCUCACAACUGAUGAUGGAAAAGUUAAACUUAAUAUGCUCAUGGAAAAGUUAGAGUCCUUCAAGGGAACGAAGAUUAACAUCAAUGAUAUAGGUGAUAUUUUGGAAAACAUGGGAAUAGAACUCACCCCUAAAGAAUUCUGGGAGCUGAAAAAAAGUCUGCCAAUUACAUCUGAUGGAAAAAUAUAUCUCAAUUGCCUGCUCGAUGCUUUAAAGACUUCCCAAAGAGGGAAGGUUCCAGAAAAUAAAGUACAAACUGUUCUGGAAAAACUUAACUAUAAACUUAAAAUGAAAGAAAUGGAAGACUUUUGGAAACAUUUGAAAAGUGACAAAAAUGGAAAGAUCUCACUGAAGUCCAUUACAAAUGUAGCACAUUUAUUUUCUGGUGAUAAGAUUAAUGCUAGUGAUGCAAAACGCUAUCUGGAAAAUAAAGGUAUUGAAUUAACAAAUAUGGAAAGCCGGGAAUUACUGGACACACUGACAUUGGAUGAUAAUGACAUGGUGUAUACAAAUAGGCUGAUAGAUGGAGUGAAGGCGUACAGAGGAGGAAAGGUUAACAUUAAUAAAAUAGAUGAUGUUAUUGAAACCAUGGGAUACCUGCUUGAAGAAGAAGAAGUUGAAGAACUGUUCAGUCACCUGCCAAUUGAUAGUGAGAGAAGAGUUCAAAUGGAUAAAUUUCUGGAUGAAGUACAUAAAUUUCUAGGGGAUAAAACUGACUAUGAUGACAUGGACAAUAUUCUGAAAAACAUAGGGUUACAACUCUCACUAAAGGAAAACUCUGUGCUGAUGAAAAGUUUGCCACUUGAUGCUGCUGGAAAAUUGUAUAAGCAUAAGUUGCUGGAUGGCAUAAGGUCUCUCAAAGGAGUGGAACUUGAUAGCAAUAAGUUAGAAUCUUUCAUGGAGGAUAUGGGCUUUAAGCUUGAAAAAGAAGAAUUCCAGGACCUGCAAAGCCACCUGCCCAUCGAUGAUGAGGGAAAAGUUGACAUGAAUGUGGUAAUGGACGAAGGAAAUCUUUUUACAGGUGAGAAAGUUGAUACUAGAAACCUGAAAAAUUUUCUGGAAAAUAUGGGGGUAAAACUAACAGAAGAUAAAGGCAAGGAACUACUGAAACAUCUACCAGUUGCUGGCAAACAGGAAGUUUAUGUGAACAGGUUAAUGAAAGAAUUGAGUUCUCUUGAAGGGACAAAGGUGUCUUUAAAUAAAGUGGACAUUUUCCUGAAAAACAAGCAAAUUAAUCUCAAGGAGAAGGAAAUCCAGGAAUUGAAGGAUCGCCUACCAGUUGAUGAUAAAGGAAAGGUUGAUUUAAAUGUAUUGAUGCAUGAAGUUAAAAAUAUCACAGGAGAGAAGAUUCAUAUUCAGGACCUGAAAAAUAUUAUGAAAAACAAAGGAAUAGAGCUCACAAAUAAGGAAUACAAAAAGUUGCUGAAAAUUCUACCAGUUUCUGCUGAUAAAAAGGUAUAUGAGAAAGAGUUACUGGAUGCUGUGAAAUCUUUCAAAGGAGGAAAGGUUGAUGUCAAUAAUUUAAGGAAUGUUCUACAAAACACUGGAUUCAGACUCAAAGCAAAUGAAAUCCAGGACCUGCAGAACCACAUACCAGUUACUGGUAAAAAGGUUGAUUUGGAUGUUUUGAUGGAUGCAGCGGAUGCUUUUACAGGAGAAAAGGUGGAAGCCAGUGACUUUAAAAAUGUUCUGGGGAAGAUGGGAAUCGAGCUCGCUGAAAAAGAGCAGAUGCUUUCAAAAACUCUGCCGGUCUCGAGAGAUGGAAAAGUGUAUACAAAAAGAUUACUAGAGAGUGUGAAGUCUCUCAAAGGAAAAAAAAAAGUCAAUGUCAAUAAACUGGAUCCUCUUAUGCAGGCCAUGGGAAUUAAGCUUGAAAAAGAGGACUUGGAGGACUUACUGAGCCAUGUGCCAGUUGAUGACAAUGAAAUGGCUGAUUUGAAUGUGGUGAUGGAUGAAGCAAAAGCUUUUACAGGAGAGAAGGUUGAUGUCAACGAUCUAGGAAAUGUGCUCAGGAAAAUGGGGCUAGUACUCCCAGAUGAGGAGCAUAAGAAGCUGCUGGAAAAUCUGCCAAUUCACACUGAUGGAAAAAUUUAUAAGAAAAGAUUGCUCAAAGGUGUGAAAACCCUCAAUGGACCAAGGGUCAAAAUCAAAAAAGUGGAACCCUUUUUGGAAAAUAUGGGAAUUAGACUUACAGAUAGGGAAAUUGGGGAACUCAUGACCCAGUUACCAAGUGGUGAUGAUAACAGAGUUGAUCUGAAAGAUCUGAAGGAUGCUAUUAGUUAUGCCAAGGGAGAGUUGAUUGAUAUCAAGCACUUAGACAACUUUCUAGCAAGUAAGGGGAUUUAUCUCACAGAAGAAGACAUCAAGGACCUGAUGCCUCAUUUGACAUUUAAUGAAAAGGGGAAAGUUAAAGUGAAUUCCAUAAUGGAUGGCCUGAAGAAAUUUAAAUCAAAAGGAAUGGUGCCUCUACAUAAAUCCAUGAAAAUUGCAACUGAUACUAAAGACAGAGUUACUGACCACAUGGCAGUUUCUGACCUUAAGCCGAAAGUUAAGCUGAAUCCUCUAACUAAAGUACCCAGCUUUGAUGGCAAGAGGGAUAAAGAUUCACGGGGAUCUCCCCCAUACCGAUUACAGUACAAAGAACAAAGGUUGAAUGCUCCACAAAUACAAGCCUUCCAAGAUGCCUACAACUUCUUUUACAAAGAUAAAACUGGCUGCAUUGACUUACAUGGAAUGAUGUGUACUUUAGCAAAGUUGGGAAUGAAUCUAACCAAACAUGAUGUCUAUAAUGAAUUGAGGUGUGCUGAUAUUGAUGGAGAUGGGAAGGUGAAUUUCUCAGACUUUAUAAAGGUGCUAACAGAUAAGAACCGCUUCUUUAAGGCAGUGGCUCCAGAAAAUCAGACCUGUUUAGAUUUGGCUGGCAACCCAGGGAUCCUGUUGUUUGAAAUCCUAUCAAAGCUUGUAGAAACUUCAGCCCUACCCAGAAAGACUAUAAUGGAAAUAGUAAGCUAUUUCCGAAAAAAAUUGCAGGAAGCUUCAGGAAUAUCAUGGAAUCCCUAUACUGUGGAUUAUGGGAAAAGGAAAUUUAAGUCAAAUAUAUGCACACCUCCAUGUUCAAGCACAGCUGCCUUUGCUAAUGCUGCCCGGAUGACCAUAAUGACAGAAAAAGAUUUAUUCAAGUUUCUUGAAGAACUCAAGAGAUGCAAUCUUCCUUCAGAUAGCCCAUACUCAAAAAUACCCAUCUUUCCAUUGUUCCCUAAUAUGGAUGGGGUGGUAAUGGGAAAGCCAUUCAAGGACCUACAGAAAUUAGAAAUGCUGAGGAGGAAACAGCCUCUGAAUUUCUUUGAGAACUAUUUUUUCCAUAAGAGAGACUGGAAAACACAGGCAGCAAAUAUAAGGCCUAUCAGCUCUCCCUCAGGCUAUCCACCUGACAUCCUCGCCAUUGAUCAAAUGCUCAAGAGAAAGCAGAACUGGACAGUGGCUGAUGUAGCAGCUAUUAAACAGCACGUAAAGAGAGCCACGAAUACCUAUCACUUAGGAAUUGCCCUUGAACACCGAAAAGAAAUGCUAAACCUCUGGCGGAAGAUCCGAGGAGACCUGAUUGGGAUAGACACUAAAAACGAAUCUUUCUAUGAUACCUUUUCUACUUAUACAUGGUCCUGGAAUGUUUGCCAAGAAUUACUCUCCCCAAAGGACUUAAGGUUAUAUGAUGCCUACAUGAAUAGAAAUUCCUUCCACAACUCCGUAUUCUGUUCCUCUUCAAAUACCAGUGAAUGUGACUCAGAGAUAGGAAGAAAAAGAAAACGGAAAGGUUUCAAAGGCUUUCAAGAAUGAAAUUUCUACAUUUUUUUUCUAAACAGCUCAUUGCAAACUACUUUUUCACUGAUAGCAAAAUUAUGGUUUCCUGCUUUUGUCUAGCACAGUCUUAGCAACUGUAAAUGUUGACAUCUUUUAAAUUCUGACCAGUAAAAAAAAAUUGUCAUAAAAUGGUUUCCCUUUCUUAACUUUUGCU